GGCGAUCUGACAGUGGUGCAAGGUAGUGGAUGUGGCAAGACAGUCGCUGAUGUGCUUGCAACAAUGAAUCGGGGCCUAAAUAAUAAUGAUAUGAAUGCAGAUGACCAUAGAGAAGAAGACGUCUUUGAUGGCAAUGAAACUUUAGAUGAUGAAAGCGGAGCCACUUUGCUUUCAAAGCCGUUUGCGCUCAAGCCGCUCUUGUCUGUGGUGGCGAGUUGCAUACCACGUCGUGAACCGGCCCUUGGGUCGCGUUGUGGGGAGGAAACGUUCUUUAGCUCCGGAGCUCCCUACUCCUCCUCCUCCUUCUGCAGCAGUACUGCAGUGACCACGGCACGAAAGACGAAAAGAUCAAAACGGACUGACUCAGAGGCAAAAAACCCGGCCGAUUCCGCCAAAAUGGGGGUGGAGUUAUUGGGUCAUCGUGUACCGCCAAUGCCGCGUUUUACGACACGUGUGACGGUAUUGGUGGAACACGACGAAUUGGAACCGGUGGAUUUGCUCUCCAUGGCGGAAAGGAGCACCACACGGAAGGAGGACGUUGACAAUAAAAAGCCGGCGUCACGCAAGAAGCGUGUGCCACGCAUUUACUGUCACAUAGCCGAUGGAGGGGAGUACUAA